AUGAAGAAAACGAAUCUUCUGGUUUAUCCAAACUGGCAUUGUGGACAUGUGUUUUGUUAUUCUUGUUUACUUCAUUAUCUUGAAUUGAGUGAAGAAAAGAAGGGUGAAGGUCGAAAAUGUCCAGUUUGUACAGAUCCAGUGAUGAAGAAAGAUCUCAAAUCUGUUAAAUGGUUAAACUUUGAUUCAGAACAAACUCAUAUUCGAUUUCGUCUCAUGGAACGUCCUACUUUUUCAACUUUGGCACUUCCUCGUUCUUCAACUUGGCCUUCAUCUGCUAUCGAACCUCUUCAAUCUCCUUGGCAUUUCACUCCUGAUGCUCUUACUCAUGCUAAAUUCAUGGUCGCAGCACCUGAUUAUAUGAACAAUGAGUUGAAUAACGAUUUGGAAGAAUUACAGACAGAACUAGCUACACUCGUUACUUGGUCUGCCUCCGACACUCAAGCUGAUCUAGGCGUAGUCUUUGAUUAUUAA